CCCAACCAUCCUAGUCCCAGUGACAAUUCCUGUCUCGUAUCAUGAGCCCAGCCUUUCCGCACACUCGUCCGACAUCAUCCCUCGACUGGAGGACGACGCCUAAAAAAGCAAAGCUUGCGCCAUCCAUCAGCCAUAACCUCCGUCCGGAAGCGACGCCCAACUAAAGUCCCGUUGAAACGCGCAUUACCUGAGCGUACAUAUCCUCUCAUACAGAGUGUGGCCUACCUUUUGGGAGCGGCAACUCUCCCACGGUACCAUGGCUGACUAUACGCGCAUCCUGUCGGACCGGCUAGGCGAGAUGGCGCAGAGGAACGCAUGUGUUCCCCGGAAGGACCUACACGACAUUGAACUAGUCAGGCCAGUAGUUCCUGUGGGCACGGCCAGUCCAGCGCCUCGCUCUGUCGACAGGGUCGCCUUCGACGUGUGGUUCGUCAUCUUCAGCCAUCUCGAGUAUUCGGACGCAGUGGCCUUUUCCAAAACCUGUCGCGCUUUCUAUAGCCUCGCUCCGUCCAAUGCCCUGGUGACGAGAGAGCAGAGACACCAGUUCUACCUCAAGGCCGAGAAAUUCCGGCAGCACGAUGGACUGCUGGUUUGCUUUUAUUGCAUGAAGCUUCGCCCGAGGAGCCACUUCGGCAAUAACCAGGCAACCAAAGGCCGUGGCAAACAUGGCGCCCAUCCUGACAAGGCUAUAAAGCGCCACUGCUGGGACUGCACCGCCGCCGGAAGGCUCUACCCCGAAUCCCAGCCGCUUCGCAAAGACAAGCACCUCUGGUACCUCUGUCACCAGUGCGGCAUCUUCAAGCACAGGUCCCAGCGCUGCCUGAAGGAGGACGCCCACGAUGCCGAGGGCAGCCUUGCCCCGCGCACCGUCUGCACGCCGGCGUGGCCCGCCACCGUCCCGUCCGCGCUCGAGUCCCGCCUGCCCGCGGCGCUCCAGGACCGGAUAGUCGGCCACCUCGGCUACCGCGACAGGAUGUCCCUGGCCGCCACCAACCGCCACUUCAGGCGGGCGGUGCGGCCGCUGGGCGCGCCGCUGUCGGACAAGGUCGCCGUCGCCAAGCGGGCGGCCAACUGGACCAGCGGGCCUCCGAGGGGUGGCCCGUGGGCCUGCAUGGUCUGCUUCCGCGCCCGGCCCGAGAGCAGCUUCCCCAACAUGGAGUCGCUCCAGAGCAAGUGGUGGCGCCGCCGCUGCCGCGCGUGCUGCCACUUCAUCUACCGGGGAGGCCAGCAGCAGCAGCAGGGCGCCCCGCCGCGUCAGUGGCACCCCCUCGACGAGUGCUGGUUCUGCCGCGAGCUCAAGGACGCCGGCGCCAAGUGCGGGACCUGCCACGAAGAGGGACCCGCGUGGGACAAGAGGAGGGAGCUGCAGGCGCGGAGGGAGAGGCGGAGGGAGCGCGCCGGCGCCGCGGCGGACCAGGACUUCUCGGAGCCGCUCUCCCUGCUCUUGGUGGGCGGGAACGCCCAAGAGAGCGCCGAGGACGAGGUCGGGCCGGUCGAGGCCCAAGGCAGUGACCAGCCUAGCGUGGUGGUCCCCGCCGCGCACGAGGAGUUCCCCGCACAGGAGGAGGUGAGCGGCCAGGCGCGAGAAGCGCCCGAGGACGGCGACGAGAACACGUCCGAGGCUGAGGAGAAGCCGCCCGUGGUGUAUGCUGGAGGCGUGGCCGCGGGGACGACGUACCGCAGCCGCUAUGCGCCGUCGCACACAUAUAGUCGCCUCAGGCGGUUCCUGUCGGUUGGGUAUCCUCUACGCCGGCAUCACCGCCCGUGGACGACCUGGGGAGCCAUCAGCGAGAGGUUGAAAAACGCACGGUUGGGCAGGUGAUCCGUGGAAAGAGCUGAUUCGUACUGUUGCUCAGAUCCGUUGCAUUAUACCGUCGAUUUCUGAAUAUUGGUGCCAUUCAAUGCUGACGCCUGCUCCCUUCCGCCAAACCGUCGAAGAGGUGGUGCCCUAGUUGGCCCGAAACCUGCCGAGCUAUACCACGUAGGUCCCUGUAGGGCUGGCGUGGACCGCUCGGUGGAUCCAGCUCCGCUUGCCAUGAAAGUGGCGGGGGGUUGGGCUGAAACCAAACGGUCUUCGAAGCCUCCGACGCCUGCGUCAGCCUGCGCCUCGCCUCGCUUGGCCGCAUGUCACCCUUCAAUGGCACGCUGGCGCUGCAAGGGAUUGCAGCGCGGGAGUGAGGUGGAGUAGGGCUACGGCGUCCGGCGCUGUGCCCAGCUGUUGAUUUACACGCGCUCUCCCGAGCGGAAUUAGGUAGAGGAUAGGGAGUGAGUAGAUACAUCGUGUCGAGGGCUGGGUCAGAGAUGUUCUUGGAUGCGGUGGUGAUUUUCGUCUAGUAUGCAGGUCCCCGGCGAGGGGCAGAGGGUAUCAACGUCGUCCGCAAGCCUCUAUACGCAACAAAUAAAAAGCUCCAGCGGUCAGAACCUGGAGCUCUUCCCUUACGUCCCCUGGAGAUGCAUUACAAAGGAAAAUGGAAACAAAAAAAGAAAACAGAACAAGCCUAAAGACAUGAGUGGUCAUGGGGGAGUAGAAUAGAAUGACAAAAUAGGGGCAGGGAAAAUAGGAGUAAUAAGGUUUAAUAGCUCUUCGAGGUUUCGCGGGAUCUUCCAGCAUUCUCGCACUGCGGUGAACAAAAGCCCAACACCUCAAACCUGCCUUCUCAAGAGGCGUCCGU